UGUCACAAUUUUUGUUUGCAAACAGCACUGUUUAGUUCAAGUUUCAACUAAAAUUCGCAAUUUCCAAGUUUUCUUUCGAAAUGGAAGACGACGACGACAACCCGCAGACCGUGCUGCGACGCUGCCGGCUGUGUCUGCAUUCCGACCCGGCCAAGGACAUUUUCGCCGCACCGAAUCAGGAGGUGACGCGCGAAAUGCUCGCCUUCCUGGAGCUGGACAGCGACGAGCUCCUCUCGCCAGUUUGCGCCAGCUGCGUACAAACAAUCCGGCUGUUUGAUGCCUUCGGCGAGAUGUGCCGCCGGGUGGAUAAGUUGUUCCGCGAAGCGGAGGUGCUGCCGUGGGAUCGGUGGGACGGUUAUCGGGAUCAGGUGACGGCGUCUGCGACGCUUGUUCAAGCGAGGCGGGACGAAGUCGGGCGGUUUGCCGAAGCUCGAAAGGGUGCAUCGGUGGAGAUUAAGCAGGAAGCCGACGAUGGUGCGUAUCUGGAGGAGUUCGAUGCAGGACUAUCACGGGAUUUGGUAGACAUCAAAGAGGAGAAAGUAGAAGCGUUUGACUUUGAGGGUACUGCAGACAUGGAAGAUCAUCAGCAGACGGAUCAGAAACAAGCAGAUUUUUUGGAAAAGCGAUUGCAGGUUGCGCAAGCUGUGGAAGCUGAGCUGGAUCUACUUUCACCAGAUGAAGUAAGUCACCAUAAAAUACCAUGGAUCGCCGUAAGCGAGCGCCUCGGCUGGGAUUUGGACGAGACCAAGCAAAUUUGGGAAUCGUGCAAACGCUGGCACAAACGGAAACUUCGGAAGGACGAUCUUACGGAUGGGGGUCGCCCUCUGUACGAUAUUGUACAGUCGUUGCUGAACCGACUCAACCAACCGGCAAAGCCGCGUGCGGUAAAGCGAGCGGAACGUAAGCGAAAGCUCGUCGAUUCGAGCAUUUCCAGGAGGUUGGAUCUUAGCGAAAAGGUGAAGCUCGCGGAAAUUAUUCACGAGCGGAAGUUCCUGUGGAGCACUAAACAUGUCGACUACCACAACCAGGAGAAACGAGCCGAAACGUGGGACGAGUUGGCCGCCCUGUUCGAUAUCGACGCCGAAAACACCCGCAAAGAGUGGCGCUACCUUCGGGACAUGUACCGAAGUCGGCGAAACCGCAUCGGAGGUCCCAUCAGCGAGUGUGACGACCUGCGGGACGUGCAGCUGUACCGGCUGCUGGACGCAAUGUUACGGGACAAUCUACAGCUGGGUCUGAGGAGUGCUAAAGCGGCACCGGUGUCUUUGGAGGCCCCGGACGAUUGGAACCAACGGCUCGUGGCGGAUACUCCGUUCCGCAGUGCGGAACAGAGGCUGGUGUUGGCCGAAGAAAUCGGCCGGCAUGCGGUCAUCUGGAACGCGAAGCAUCCCGACUGUGGCAACGCGGUCAAACGUGGCGAAGCGUGGAACUCGAUCGCCACCGUCCUGGACUGCAGCAAGCGGGUGCUCCAGCACGAGUGGAGUCGCUUCGUGCAGCGCUUGGACCAGGCUUCCCGUGCUGAAGAACCGGAAGCGUACCUCCAGGAUCCGCUGCACCGCCGUCUGCAUCAAAUGCUCUUGGAACGUGGCUCCAUCGCCGUAACGGAUGAAGAAACGGUCAUUCUUCCUCGGCGACGUUUCAACGGCAAACGCUCGUUCGAUCCGGAGGGUUGCAUCAAGCUCGUCGAUGCCAACGGAGUGGCGCGGUACUACAAGGUUUGUGAACUGUGCGGAAAGGAGGUCGAGCGAUCGCUGUUUGAGGUACACAUGAACCAGCACAACGGGUUAACUCCGUACGCUUGCUCGUACGAGGGCUGCGAUAAACGGUACGGCAACCGGACGACCCGCGAUCGGCACGAAUUCGUGAAACAUGCGUGCGAAGGUCGCUCGAAGAUCGAGUGUCCAGAGUGCGGUGAGAAGUUUCUGCACCAAGCCAGGUACGAUUAUCACUACGCCGUUAAGCACAAGAGCGAAGAAGUCCCGUGCGAUAUUUGUGGCAAGCGGUUGAAGCACAGGAAUUUGCUGCAGGCGCACAUCAGGAAAGCCCACAACUCCAGGUACGAGUGCUCACAGUGUGGGAAGUUCUUGCAGUCCAAGUACGCGCUCGAAACGCACAUGAGGAUCCAUACGAACGAAAAGCCCUUUGGGUGUGAAUUAUGCGGGGAAAGGUUCCGGAUUAAGGUGUUGAUGAAGCGCCACCUGGCGAAUGUGCACAAUGUGCAGCUCGAGGAAAUGGAGGCGGCUAAGAAGGGAAGAUGAAGCAGUUGGUUGUUGUUACGUUUUUUGAUAUUUUUAUCUGAUAAAAUGUUAUAUCGAAAUCGAAAA